AUGGCGAGGCGGGUGUCGCUCCAAUCGUGUGAAUCUUUCGACCUUGUAUCCGAUCCGAACAUUGUCAGUUUGCUGUAUGGAAUUCUCCUGGCUGACUUUGUGUGUUCGAUAAGCAGCGGCUUCUUAUUAGCAUUUCCUUCAGUUUUGAAUCCGGCUAUUUUGUCUCCAAAUAGCACUGAUAUUAGAGCUACUACUUCCCAGGCUUCAUCAAUCGCGGGAAGUCAAGGUCUGGCAGGGGCUGCUGGAUUAGUUCUCCUUCCAUUCUGUAUGACUUCAAUCGGUAGAAGGACCGUACAUAUAGUGAUAAACUUCAUAAUGGGAUUUGGAUUCUUGAUUUUAGCACUCGCUACCAAUAUCUUAUACUUGUAUGCGGGCAGAAUUAUACAGGGAGUUAUACUUUCAGGAAUCUAUGUAACUAGUAUUAUGGUAGCUGAAUAUUCCGAUCCUAUCAGACGUGGUUACUUUAUAACAAUAAAGAAAGGUUCAGUUACGUUGGGGUCAUUGAUUUGCCAUUUAAUGGGAAUAUAUUUCACUUGGAGACAAUGCGCGUUUUUUGCAAUAUUUCCUAAUCUUCUUGCUAUAAUUUUGACGCUGUACUGGCCGGAAAGUCCGUCGUAUUUGGCCAUGAAAGGUAGAUACAAAGAAUGUGAAAUAUCUCAUAAGUGGUUGUUCGGUGAGAGUGCUGAGCAAAUGAAAAAUUUGGAAAACAUUAUAGCUGCUCAGAGAGAAAGAAGAUCACAGGAAAGAAAUAAGAAUCGUUUAAAGAAAACAUUUUCGAAAAUGUUCAGGAAAGAUUACGCUAUUCCCUUUGUAAUCUUCACAAUACUUCUGACAGAUGUAGUAUGUUCUAUAAGCAGUGGCUUCCUCUUAGCAUUCCCCUCGGUUCUGAAUCCUGCUAUAUUAUCUGCAAAUAGUACUGACAUUAAAGCUACAACGGCUCAGGCUUCAUCAAUUGCGGGAAGUCAAGGUCUGGCUGGAGCAGUUGGAGUGAUUCUUCUUCCAUUUUGCAUGACUUCGAUCGGCAGAAAAUCUGCACAUAUAGUUAUGAACGCAUUCAUGGGAUUUGGCUUUCUUACAAUUGCAGUGGCCACUAAUAUUUUAUAUUUAUAUGCGGGUAGAAUUAUACAAGGAAUUAUAUUUUCAGGUGUUUACGUAGUUAGCAUUAUAGUAGCUGAAUAUUCCGCUCCACACAGACGUGGUUACUUUAUUACGCUGAAGAUGGGUUCGGUAGCUUUUGGAUCACUGAUUUGUCACAUAAUGGGAAUAUAUUGUACUUGGAGACAAUGUGCAUUUUUUGCUAUGUUCCCAAAUAUCGUUGCUAUAAUCAUGACAUUGUUCUGGCCAGAAAGCCCAUUCUAUUUGGCCAUGAAAGGCAGAUACGAUGAAUGUAAAAAGUCUUAUGAAUGGCUAUUUGGGGAUGAUGCAGAACAAACAAAACAUUUGAAAGACAUUAUUUCUGCGCAGAUGGAAAGACGAUCAGAAGAAAAACAUAAAAAUCAAUUAAAGACAACAAUAACUAAAAUGUUUAGAAAAGAUUACGUUAUUCCUUUUUUAGUUGUUAAUUUGUUGACAUUGAUAAUUGAUUGUUCUGGAAGGAGCUACAAUUGUAUUGUAUAUAUAAAAGGUAUUAUUAAAAUUAUGUAUAUCAUACCAAUCGAUGAAGCCUGGGACUUGGUAACUGUGAUAUCAUUACUAUUUGGAGACAAAAUGGCAGCGUUUAGAAGUGACGGAAAACACAACAUGAAACCAGUGCCAACGGAGUAUGAUACGUCUGCAAAUAGUAUUAAACUCUGA